AUGGCAAUUAUAAUAUUAUUCCAAGUGGACAAACAAUAAGUGCUUAUUAAAAUUUUUGAUGAAUAACAAAAACAUUUAUACCUUAUAACUUUAAUUUUAGAAUAAUUGCAUUAAAUAGGGAAAACUUUUCAGUUAAAGAAUUGGAUGAUGUUAAGUGCAAUAUACAAAGAAGACAAAUAAUAAAGGAGGAAAAAUAGGAACUUUAAUCAAAUUCUACAAGUCUUACAGAAAUUAGUUUUAAUUCAAAAAGUCAUUAUUACAAUUAAGAUUAGAUAAUUGUAACAUUUGAUCCUAAUUUAAAUUCUAUUAGAUAUCUCCAAUUUGAAAUAACUUAUUAUUCUAUAAAAAUAUAUUAAUAUUCUGAAGAUUCUUCUAAUCAACUUUAGAACUAUUUUUAGCGUAAACAUUUCUAACUUAUAUUUCUAUAAUGUUUAAUUUUAUUUGUGA